AUGAUCAGUAAGUUAGAUCAGAUCAUCUCCCAUACUGCUUUGGCGGAAGCUGAAAGUCGAUUAUUUGCAACAUUUGGUGCUCAAAUCCUCUCACGAUUUGUUCCAGUAGGUAUUGAUCAUCCUCUUAAGAUUCGCUUCAAAGGAAGUGAAAUCUACACAGUCACCACUGGACCAACAGAGGAGAAAAAGUCGGAUGAACCAAUUGUACUUAUUCACGGAUUCGGAGCUGGUGUUGCCGUUUGGUCUGCGAAUAUCGCCGCACUCGCUAAACACUACACUGUUCAUGCUUUUGAUCUUCUUGGUGAGCAGAGUUCGAAAUCAGUCCACUUUACCCAUUUUUCAGGUUUUGGACGCUCAUCUCGACCUCGAUUUAGUGAUGAUCCGACACUGGCAGAAUUGGAAAUGGUCGAGUCCAUAGAAGACUGGAGAAAAUCGAUGGGCAUCGAAAAGAUGUACUUAUUGUUUCAACUAUCCCAAAUUUCAGGAGCUUAUCUGGCUUCGUCAUAUGCAUUAGAACACCCACACCGUGUCAAGCAUCUUGUUCUAGUUGAUCCUUGGGGUUUUCCAGAGAAGAUCACACCUACCGAAAAGCAGAUAAAACCAUACCCUUGGAUGAUGUUUAUUGGUGGAUUGUUAUCACAAUUCAAUCCCCUUGCUACUCUACGCGCUGCUGGACCAUACGGUAGGGUUUUUUUUUUUUACUAUCUCGUCUUUUGUAUCGAAUCUACAAACUUCCCUUCAGGGCCAUCUAUCGUGAAGAAACUUCGUCCGGAUUUGGGCCUUCGCUAUAAAAGCGAAAACCCAGAUGACAUUUACGAGUAUUUGUAUCACUGCAAUGCUCAAAAACCUACGGGAGAGACUGCUUUCAAAGGAAUGACCAUUCCAUUUGGUUGGGCGAAACGUCCAAUGAUAAAAAGGUCAGAACAUGAGCUAAAUUUGUACGUAUCAGUAUAUAAUUACAUGGAAAAUGUUACUUUGGAAUCACGUUGA